AAGGAAGGAAGGAAGAAGGAGGAAGGAAGGAAGGAAGGAAGGAAGGAAGGAAGGAAGAAGGAAGGAAGGAAGGAAGGAAGGAAAACAAUUAAAAGCAGCCAAGCAAUGGUGGCCAAACAGCGGAUCCGGAUGGCUAACAAGAAACACAGCAAAAACAUCACCCAGAGAGGGAACGUAGCCAAAACCCUGAGACCACAAGAAGAGAAAUAUCCUGUGGGCCCAUGGCUGCUGGCACUGUUUGUUUUUGUUGUCUGUGGAUCAGCUAUAUUUCAGAUCAUCCAGAGUAUAAGGAUGGGUAUGUGAGGCAUCGGAGACUCGACUUCCCUUCGUCCGUCGGCAGGGUAGACUGGAUGGCCAUUUAGCUGAAACAGACACCCACAAAGACAAGCCAACGCGUCGUGGGACCAUGCCUGCACGCAUCAGCAAGGAUGCCAAACCAAACUACCUCGCCGUGUCACAUUUCGGUGCUUGUCUGUCCUCAACAGGAAAGGAAGGGAUGCUCUGGCUACUGGCUGGACGGACUGUCCUGGCCUUGGGGGAGAGCAGCCCUGCUCUGAAUCGGGGUCAUUUCCCGUUUUCUCAUCAGGGUGUUUAUAGCCCGUGAGACAGCCACCGGUGUACCUCUGUCGAGUGCUGGGAAUUGAUUUUAAAAAUAAACGCCAGUGUCACCCCCCCCCCACACACACACACACACUAUUUGUUGGCUAUAGUUGGAAAGUCAAGCCCAAGAAAAUAGCGGCAGACUCUGCUGACAUUCAUUGAGAAGCAAUGGAGAGGAAAACACAUCACGCAAAACAGUGUUAUUACCAGGGAAUGAGGUGGAGGGGAGCAGUAUAAUAAAGGGGUGCCAACCAGAAGAGCAUUAAGCCUUUGCAGGAUUUGGUUAUCCUGUAUGAAAAUCACUCUUGGGGUGGCGGGCCAUGGGAAGCACUCCUCUUUCUAAUCAUAAGAAGAAGACCAACAGAAGAGCUCAGAAGGUGUCUUGAUUUUUUAUUAAUUAGGAUUAUUUCAUUGGAAAACAGCUGUAUGAGAAGGUAGCAUCAUAACAUUGGUGGUAAAAAGCCAGUUCUGCUACCUACUAGUUGUGUGGUUUCACCCAUCUGGACCUUAGUUUCUUACUGCAAAGUCUGGGCAAGAUGCUUGCUAGGGUCCAUUCAAGUUCUCUAUCCUAUAGCCUAAGACCUGGGGCUUCCAGUUGGAUGACACUAAGUGGACUUUGAAAAACACUUAAGAGGCUUACUUAGCCUGUGGAUCCUGAUUGUCGGACCCAGCUGGCUUCAGUUCUUACCACUUUUCCCAUCUUCAUUUCUUUUUUGUGAUCGUAGUGUUUUUCCAUCUAUUUAAGUAGCGUGUUGGAAAUCCAUUGGAAAAAGCAUCAUCCACAUGUGUUUGAGAAUGUUAGGGGGCCUUAGAAAUCAUAUAAGCCAACCCCGCCAUCUUGCUGAUUAAGACACUGAGAUAGAGAAAAGUUAAAAGCUUCCCCCCUCCCCACCCCAAGUCAUACAAGGCAUAAGUAUAAGAGACAACAUUUGAACUUAAGUCUUUACUCCAAAAUUCAGGGCUCCGUCUUUCAUCUUGAAUUACCCCAAAUCCUCUUUCUACAGUGAAGAAACCGGAAAUAUGAAGGGGUAAAGUGUGAUGUCAUCUUUAUAACCAUCCUCAUUAUUGGCUCUUUCAUCCUCCAUGUCCAUCCUUGGAGUCUGUGAAGGCUCUCUGGGAAAGCCAUUAAUGCCUGGGGUCCAUUCUCAACUCUAUGGUUGACUUUGUGCUCAAGAAACACAUUGGGGAAACACUGCUGGAUUUGGAGCUAGAGAACACUUGGGUUCAAAGCCCAGUGCUACUAUUUGCUAUCUAGCUACAGCUAGAGCACAGUAGAGAAAGAGGGUAUUGGACCUGGAACGAGGAAGACUUGAGUUCAAGCGCUGUCUUGGAAACUUACUAGCUAUAGGAUCUUAGGGAAAUCACUUUAACUUCCCUCAACCUCAGUUUCCCCAGAUGUGGAAUGGAGAUAAUAGCACCUACUUCACAGUGUUGUAGGGAUGUGUGCAUCAAGCAUUUUGCAAACCUUAAUGCACCACGUAAAAGUUAGCUAUUAUUUCGUAGGUGAAUUUGGGUAAGUUACUCUCUGGGCCUCAAUUUCCUUGUUAGUAAAAUGAAGGAGACAGAUUAGUGGACCUCCAAGGUCCCUUUCAGCUCUAAAUAAAUCUCUGAUCCUCAUCUAACAAGUCAAAUAAAUAAGGCCAUUUUAUCCAAUGACAUAAUGUCUGUGCAAAGGGAUGGAGUCUGAUCUGGGGAGUUUCUAAGCAACUUGACGAGAUCGGCAGAGGAGGAGCAUUUUUAUUUGCAGGCACCAGCAACCCUUGGAGCAUGGGCAUGGCCAUCGCCAUCUUGCUCAGAGAAUACAUGAAGCUCCUAAUAACUGACUGUCUGGGACUCCACAAGGACAGACUCUUGUCAAAGCAACCACGUUGCUCCAAGGUCUAUACAUGCUGACAAACUAGCUCUUUUUCUCUUUUGGACUCUUUCAUUGUUUUCCCUCAGGCCUUUCCAUCAAAAGGGUGGAAUAGGGACCACUUCCUUCUCCCUUCCCUUUUCCUGCUCCAACCCAACAGCUCCUGGUAACUCGAAGCAGAUAUGCACAGGUGUCCAGGUGACCUGAGAGGAGAGUGCAUGGACAGUCUCUCUGAUUCCCCGCUUCCUGUGCAGAGGAGAGGUAGAUGGUUUGAUUUCCUGGGCAUCAUGACCCCAGAAUCUAGAGGGUUCUAGCCACUGAAGAAGGGUUCAUUGGGUAGUGCUAGAUUUGGGGACUGGCUUUUGAGUGAAGGACCCCAAGUUCAAGAAUUCCCAAAUUCAAAAACUUAACAAUAGCUUUCUUCUAGAUUAGAGGAAGAAGAUUUCUUCAAUAGCAUGCUUCAUAGAGAACGAAGAGAACAUCUUCAGAGUUCCUGAGCAGUCAUAUGUGGAAAAUAAAGCUCAUGCGUUAUUUGGACCACACAGAAAAAGACUUCCUGUUGAGAAAUCCCCAAAUGUGUCUCUUUUGAGGGGGAAGAGUCUAAACCACAGGGCAAUGCUACAGGUCGCAGGGAAGAUGUUUUUGUUUGUCCUUUGUUUUCAAAGAGGACCAAUGGCAUCACUGGGUGAUGUCUUAACUUGUGCAUGAAUUGGAUUUCAGUGAGGCAGAGUUGCACAAAGUCAUCAGCCACGCUUUCUUUUUCAGAGUCAAAGUCCAGUGGCAAGAAAAAGUCAGGAUGACUAGCGAUGGCCCAGGAUAAAGUGGAUGACUGGUGUCUUCAGUGUCUGACAAGCUUUAAGCUCUCCACAGCAUCUGCUUCUGUUGCUCUCAUAAUCAUGGGAACAAAUUAUUCUCAUCCACCCAUUCUACUAGGAGAAAUGUUUAAAUGCUUGGGUGAACCCCUCCCCCCAACUCAACGAUGGGUUUGUGACCCAUCAAUUACCCUUAACCUGGUUUAGCACAUCUGCCAAGAUGGUUUACUGGGGUAUGGCCAGUGUGCAUGCUACAGCUUCUCAGAGCCACAGGUGAGCUGAACAUCAGGUGGGCACCAAAGGUGGAUAAUCAGCCCUGAAAAGGGCUUGUCAAGCCCUCAUACUGGAGGGGUCAGUCCUCCUUGAACAUCCACACACAUCAGGGAAUCUGGAUAGGCCUAGGAAAAGAGGGACUUGCUAGAGCACAUCAAAGGGUUGCCUUGAUGGUGAUCCCAAGUUCAUUUUGCUUUGGAGGGAACCAAUGGGCUUCUGUAUGUGUUUUCUGUAAUUAUUGAUGGGCUCCCAGGAGAACUUUGUACCUUCUGCAUUUUCUGUGGGGUAAAAUAAAGGCUGUCCAAUACUC